CGGUUUCGGCUUACUUUUAUUUUUUAAGGUUAUAAUGAAACAACAAAAUAGAAAUUUUCUUAAUGAGGCUGUGUGGCUCCCUGACAUUAUACUUACAGACCAGUUUAAGAAAUACUUAUUCUAGAUGCUACCUAAAGCUUUUCUAGCUCUGACGGUCUCAGUUCUGUGAAUCUGCCUCCAUCUCCUUUCUCCUCAGUUCAUCAGCGAUGCCUCAGAUGGUAGGUCUGGAGUUAUUGUCACCCCAUGGGGUGGAAUUUUCCCUAAUUGCUUUCUGUGCUAGUUCCCUGGAAUGUCGUUAGUGAGUGAGCAGGGUAAUGGGACAUUGAAGUGUUUCUGCUUUACAUGAGAUUCCAUCUGCCUUAAUGUACUUGCAUGAAAUCACAGCCUGACUUUUGUAUCUACUUUUCAAGAUGAGAGCAGUGGUGGCAGCAGCUCCGGUUUAUUUUAGGAGUUAAACAUUUGCAAAGAAGUUAAAGUGAUAAAAGUGCGUCUUGCCACUUGGAACUUAUAGACUGUCCUGUCUUAAGGAAUUUAUGGUUUUAGGGAACAUUAGCUACCUGUAGCAAAUAUUAGGCAGGUCAUGCUGCAUAGGGCCAGAUGAAGAAAUAGAACCGAAUUGAUAGACAAACCCGAGAGUUAGAGGGGAGGUGAUGUGCAGCAGCCCCUGGCCCUGAGGCGUGGCUGGACCUGGGGAGAGGAGCCAGGCCAAGGCACAGGUCAACCCAGGGCUUUCCUGCCAGUGCCAUUUGUCCUCUCAGAAUUGAGCUGAGAGAAUGAUUUUUCUCUUUUUUUGUUCCAUGUGGGAUGUGCUAAAGGGAAGUCACCUUCUCCAUUUUCUAUCCCUGGUUGAAAAGUAUUAGGUUCAGAGCUUUCUCUGAGACAAUGCAGCAUUUCCAUGCACCCAGCAACUUUCCUUCACCUGAUUUUUCUCUGCUCUGGAUUCAGCACCAAAGUGCAUGUGAAAGUUAAAUUUAUAUCUAUGUGAUACCUUUGGCUUUGCUUUCUGUAAUCUUUUCCCUGCCUAUUAUCUGUACUGAGCAUCAUGAGGGCCAUGUUGGAAGAUUAAUUAACUACUCUGGAGCUGACCAUCAGAGGACAUAUGGAAAUAAACUUCUGUCCAGGAUUCAGCUUAUCUAGCUCUCAAGGACAUGGUGCCAAAGGAGAUAAUGUCUACGAGUUUCACCUGGAGUUCUUGGACCUUGUGAAGCCAGAGCCGGUUUACAAACUGACCCAGAGGCAGGUAAACAUUACGGUGCAGAAGAAGGUGAGCCAGUGGUGGGAGAGACUCACCAAGCAGGAGAAGCGCCCACUGUUUUUGGCCCCUGACUUUGAUCGCUGGCUGGACGAGUCUGAUGCGGAAAUGGAGCUCCGAGCCAAGGAAGAAGAACGCCUAAAUAAACUCAGAAUGGAAAGCCAAGGCUCCCCUGAAACUCUUAUAAACUUGAAGAAAGGAUACCUGUUCAUGUAUAAUCUUGUGCAAUUCUUGGGAUUCUCGUGGAUGUUUGUCAACAUGACUGUGCGGUUCUUUAUCCUGGGAAAAGAGUCCUUCUAUGACACAUUUCACACCAUAGCUGACAUGAUGUAUUUCUGCCAGAUGUUGGCAGUUGUGGAGUCUAUCAAUGCAGCAAUUGGAGUCACUAAGUCACCAGUGAUACCUUCUGUUAUCCAGCUUUUUGGAAGAAAUUUCAUUUUGUUUAUCAUCUUUGGCACUAUGGAAGAAAUGCAAAACAAAGCCGUGGUUUUCUUUGUGUUUUAUAUGUGGAGCACAAUUGAAAUUUUCAGGUACCCCUACUACAUGCUUUGCUGCAUUGACAUGGAUUGGAAAGUGCUCACAUGGCUUCGUUACACUGUGUGGAUUCCGUUAUAUCCUCUGGGAUGUUUGGCAGAAGCUGUCUCAGUGAUCCAGUCCAUCCCCGUGUUCAAUGAAACAGGGAGAUUCAGCUUCACAUUGCCAUAUCCCAUGGAAAUCCACGUUAGAUUUUCCUUUUUUCUUCAGGUUUAUCUUAUAAUGCUAUUUUUAGGGUUAUACAUAAAUUUCCGUCACCUUUAUAAACAGCGCAGGCGGCACUAUGGACAAAAAAAGAAGAAAAUCCACUGAAAAGAGAUUUAGAUGACUUCUUGCCAUGUAGACUUUGAGCCUAAUCUAUAAUUCUUACAGUUUUACCUUCUUGUACUGAUGUAAAAGUUUUUUUUAACGUUAAAUGAUUAAAUUCUCAGUAAGGCUAUCUUCCCCUUUCCCCAGUUACAUCCUGAAUUUAUUGUAUUAUCUUAGUGUAGUACUUGCAUGAUAUCUGAUGACAGGUUGGUUCUUUUGUAAUCUGUUAGUGACAUCAGACAGCCCUGUCCCCACCCACUCCGUGUCCAGUCAGUCUGUUUCACACAAGCCAGAGAUUUCAUCAGUGACCUGGACCUACUAGGUACUGGCCAUUCUUACAGCUGGAAUUUGUUCUUUUCAGCUAUUGAUUGUGGAAGAAAAACAAGACUGUUUUGCUCUAUAGGAGCCUGUGAAAGUGACCUAGGCAGGACCUAAUAUAUUCUGUACCCAAAGGGUUACUUAAUAAGUGGAGUGGCGUUGGUUUUUUGAAAAUCUGUUUGACUCGGUCACUGAUAAAACAUUUGAGUCCAGGUGGGCCUCGAGAAAUAUUACCUCUGAAUUUCUUGGCCUCUCUAACGAUAUCUGUUACUAUACAGUGCUUACCUGUGUGGACACACAAUGAUUUGAGAGAAACCAGUCAGAACCUUGGAACACCAUGAUCACUUACUUCAUUCCAAGAUAAAUCAGAACUAUUUUCAACUUUAAAGAAAGAUGAAACAUGAGUUAGAAAAUAAUGAGAUUAUAAGAGUUCCAACCCCAAAUGGUUACAGGGGUCAGAAAGGUCAAACUGGCCACAAGACAGCUGCCUGCAAUGCAGCCUGUAGCAAACCGGGAACACUAGAGUAGGCCAGUCUAAACACACCUGCAAAACUGCCUUAGGCUGUGCACAAACAUAAAAAACUCCAGCUUCUUUUCCCUGACCUGGGUAAGUCCACUUGUGUACCUGUCAGAGUAAGUGGUGGGGUUGUUUGUUUUUUAGUAGACCUCAAAACACCUUUUAUUCUGCUGUUGUUUCACCUCUGAAGUAGGACAGUGAACAGAGAACAUUGGCUAGAGAAUCAUCAGCUGGUCCAUUAACACAGACUCCUGGCAGGAAACCCACCAACAGAGGAACUGAAAAAAAUGUAGGCAUGAAGUUUGGCCAUUGUCAAAAACAUCAAUUUCUUCCACAUUCCAAGCAAAAUGUGUUAGAAGUAAUGCUUGUAUGAAAGAAUUUAAGGCACGAUUUCUCAAUUGUGCCAUUCCCAUUGUUCCUGGGGAAAAGGGGACUAAAUGAGCUAUGCUGUUUCUCUGAGCCCAAGAUUGAAACUUGGUUUGACCUAAAAACCUAUGAUUAGCAUAGACUGGCUGAUUUUUUUACAAGUUCAUUGCACUGAAGGAUAUUUUGCAUGUCUGUAACUUCUGUCAAUACUUGUUUGUAUUAACUUCUGAUAUUCUUUCACCUGAGUUUCUGUGUGUAAUUAUUGCAGAUUAGCUUUGCAGAUUAUGCUGCAUCUGUGGCAGAAUCUUACAUUCUUACAAGCCUUUUUGUUGCUGUCUGAGAAAGCAAAAGAUUGUGUAUUUCUAUUAAACAUUUACAGUCAAAAUCCUAA